UUGACUGUUAUUAUUUUUACUGUUGUUAGUUGUUACUUGUUACAAAAUAGAAAAUUUAGUUUUAAUUUCUUAUUUUCUUUAUUACUAAUUACCAUUUAUUUUUUAACGUUUUGUUUUCUUACCUAAAUCUACUAAGAUGAUGAAUCAAUAUAUAAAAGAAUUGGAACAAGAUCCAUUCGAUCCAGAUGAAUUUGUAGAGAGGAUGGUCCGACGCAGCAUGCAGGAAUCAAAACUCAAGGACGAUCAAUUUGACCCAGAGAUGAUACAUGAUAUAUUUACUCAAGCCAUACAAGAUUUGAAGGUGUUGCAAGAGAGACAGGAAAGGAAAUGUGCCAGAUUAGAACAAGCAGUGCAAGAAGAAGAGAAAUUGUAUAGCACCAAACUCUCUGAUAUUAUGGAUCAGCAUACAGACUGUGUAAAUGUGUUCAGCACAUUGGAUGAGCGGAUGUCCAGAUGUGGAGGUCGUGCAUUAGAUGUUGGAGAGAAACUUGGUGCAGCUAGAGCCCCGCGAGCCAGAGCAGCAGCAGCCAGGGACCUCCUAUCACACCUAGCACACUUCUUAAAUCCUCGACCAGUACUUACAGACAUAUUUACUGAUCCAAGCAAACUACAUGAAGCGGCAGAUGUAAUUCAAAAAUUGCAUACUAUUGCACAAGAACUACCACCAGACAAAUUUGAAGUGGCACAAAAGAAUAUUGAUGUCAAAUAUGAUGAGAUAGAGAGAAACCUCAUCGAGAGUUUUGUGAAAGCACAGACCCAAGGAAACUUGAACAAGAUGAAAGAGAUAGCCAAUAUAAUGACCAACUUUAGAGGAUAUCCUAGAUGUGUUGAUGCAUUCAUUGAAACUAGUCAAAUGAAUAGUUUGUUAGGGAAGGACAUCUUCUCGUCGGUGUUGCCACUAUGCCAAAAGAAUUAUACUAUUAUCAGCAAUGUAUUUCCAAACCCAGAGCAAGUAUUAAGCAAGUUUGUGUUGAACAUUUUCCAUUUAAAUCUACAAAAGUAUAUACAAGCAAAGCUGGCUGAUAAAAAUGAUGUUGAUAAAUACUUGAGAAAUUUAUAUGACAUGUACACCAGCACUCAACGCGUAUGUGAUGAACUCGUCGCCGCUGGUUUAGUAUCAGCUGAAGGCAACAGCAGUAUUGGAGACCUUCGACGCGAAGCUUUGGUUGAUGGUGCAAUGGCCGGCGCCAAUGAUGGCUAUCCAGCUUUGGAGAAUCGACGAUUGAAGGCGGCACUCUCUAAUGCUCUUAAUGUUUAUUACUCAGAAAAACAGCAUAUUAAGAAGCAGAUACAAGGAGGCGGUUUCCAAGAGCUGCGCCGCGACCUUCAGGCGGUGAUAGGCACGCGUGCCAAUAUAAAUAUCGCCCAAAUAGAAAAUUACGGUGGCGAGACUUUUCUCAGUGAGCAGUUGGUGAACAAAAUGCUCAACGACGCGAAAACAUCCUUCUUAAGGUGUAAAACGCUAUGUACACCGAAUGAAUUGCCCGGGACGACCGUAGCUCUGUUGGAGGCGUUGGUUCAACAUUUACUAAUAGAACAUGUUGACUAUGCCCUUGAUCUUGGACUUCAAUCAAUACCGAUUGCUGAAAGCAAAUCACCACCACAGAUUUAUUUCUUCGAUAUAGUGAAGCAAGCUAACGCGAUUGUUAAGUUGUUCGGUGAACAUUUUCAAGAAUCAGUGUUACCUUGUUUGAGUUCAACUUCAAAGCAAAAAGAGUGCGUCCAGCGUAAAACCACUAUAAUGGAACAGCUGGAAAAUAAAUUGGACGCAGGAUUAGAGCGAGCUAUAUCAGCAAUAGUAGGCUGGGUGAAGCUGCAUUUGCAAACGGAGCAGAAGAAAACUGAUUACAAACCAGAGGGUGAUAUCGACACGCUCGCUUCACCUGCAUGUACAGCUGUAGUAUCAUACCUCAAUUCUGUGAUGGAGAAGAUUCACAACGGACUGGAGGGUGAGAAUUUGAACGCGGUCACUGUCGAACUAGCAAUCCGGCUCCACCGCGUCAUAUACGAACACUUGCAAAACUUCCAGUUCAACUCAGCUGGCGCGAUGAUAGCCAUCUGCGACGUGAAGGAAUACCGUUCGGCGGCAUGUGGGCGUGGUUCGCGCGCCACUCCACCGCCCGCGCACGCACUCUUCGACGCGCUGCACGCACUUUGUAACCUACUACUUGUCAAGCCAGAGAACCUGCACCAAGUCUGCGAGGGAGAAACCUUGGCGGAGUUGGAUCGUUCCAUCUUGCUUAACUUCAUACAACUGCGCUCCGACUACAAGAGUCACAAGCUCUCCAGCUUUCUGAAGGGACUGUCGUAAUUAACAUUUAAUUCAUUAAUUAAUUAAAAAUAUAUUUAUAUACUAUUAUUGUAUAUUUUGUUAUGUUACAUACUCAUAUUAUAUUUAAAC